AUGGCCCCUGUAAGCCCAAUCUUCUCCCUCCUCGACCGCUUCGGCGCCAGCCCCUCCGAUUCCUCCCACUCACACGCACCGCAGCAGCAAAAGCAACCCGAGCGCCUCAAGCACGUCGCCGCCGGCAACCCCUCGCAACUAGGCGACCCCGUCUCGCUCAAGGCCGAGGUGUCGAAGCUGGUGCCUACGGAGGGCGAGCAGGGCGCGCAGAGCUCGGGAGGAGCAUCCGACAAGAAAGGCGGGGUACUCGGCGCGAAGAACUCGGACGGCAGCCCCGUGCAGGACAAGGAGAAGAAGCGGCUGAAGCAGAUUGCGGAGGAGAACAACGAGGCGGGCAACCCGUCGCAGCUGGGCGAUCCGAUGAUGCUCCCCCGCGCCACCACUGUUCUGCUUUCGCUCGGCGCAUCGCUGGCGUUAGGUAAACUCCAAUGCGUCAACGAUGACACCCUCGCCGCAGCGGAGCUUCCCCAAAUCUCUCUGCCGACGUACGUAAAGCGGCAAGAUGCGCCCAAGGAAGUUGACGUCUACUUCCACGUUGCCAGCACCGAGGCCAACAAGGACAGAAUCAGCGACGCCACCGUCGAUGCCCAAUUCGAAGUCCUGCACUCAACCUACCUCCGCCACGGCUUCUCCCUCAACCUCGUCAACGUCUCGCGCGUUGUCGACGACGUCGCCGGCAAGGGCUUCUACGACGACGAGGGCAUCGGCAUCCCCGACUACGACGCCUACGUCGCCUGGCGCACCGCCACGCGCCGCGGCGCCUACGACGCGCUCAACGUCUACUUCUUCAGCGACCUCAACGAGGGCAUCGGCGGGUACUGCAACCUCGCGGGCGUCGUGCAGGACGGCAGCCAGCAGUUCUACCUAGACGGGUGCUGGGUCAACGGCGACAGCAUGCCGGGCAUGGUCCCUCGCAGCAGCGCCGGGAACGAGACGGUAGUCCCGAACAAGGGGCACAUUGCGAUUCACGAGGUGGGCCAUUGGUUUGGGCUGUUUCACACGUUCCAUGGAAGGCUUUGCGACGGGAUCAAUGACCAGGUGGCGGACACGCCGGCGCAGGCGGGCGCGAGCUCAGGGUGUCCUGUGGGCAGGGACUCGUGCCCUGAUGCGCCUGGGUUGGAUCCGAUCCAUAACUUUAUGGAUUAUUCUGAUGAUACUUGCACGACGGAGUUCACUCCGGGACAGGAGGAGAGGAUGCACCAGCAGUUCGAUGUUUACCGCAGGUGGCAGGGUUAG